AUGGGAUGGGAUGGGAUGGGAUGGAUGGUGGUGACUGCUAACUCUUGCUACUGCUGCCAGGAGGCAGCCUGUAUGUUAAAUUCAAUUCGUCAGACUCCUCCCUCCGUGCUCCUCCCUCCCCUUUCUUCCCCUCCCCUGCUUCUAUAGUGCCUCCGCCUCAGCGCAGCACAGGGCACAGACAGAGCUGCUGCCUCUGCAAUGUCAGCAGCCACACUGGCGGUGGCGGCGGAGGCGGCGGCGGCAGCAGUGGCUGCAGCUACGGCGGCGUCCCAGUAGAAGCAGGGGAGAUCCCGGCCAGAGCCUAGGAGUCGGUACACAAGCAUCUAGGUUCCGGGGAGGAACACCACGGUUCCUGGGCUGAGAUUAGCCAUUCUGACUACCCAUCUCCUCUCAUCCACGAAACAGCGUGAUCCCCGGAGUCUGGCUGUCUCUGAGGAUACCCAGCAGAAGGAGACGCGACUUUGCAGGGAGAGAGAGAGAACAACCCCGGAAUCUCCCUCUCUUCCCAACCUAAAACCUCUUUUCUCCCCUCCACCCCCUCCCCACGGCAACGCUUGCCCGCAGUCUCUUCUCUCCUCCAGCUCCCUCAAUCUCAAGACCUGGCUCUCUUGGAAGCCUGUGAAGAGCCUGAGAAUCGCGCAACAAAGAAGAGUCAGGAAUUACUAACCGGGAAACCUGAUCAUUGCUGCUGCAGUGACUAGGAGAUAGCACGACCAUCUCUGCCCUCCUUCCCGCCCCCAGCUAAGCAACACUCCCUCCAACCCCCUUUUUACUCCUCGCCCCCAUCUUUCCUGCCCAAGCUGCUCAGUGAUUGAUCAACCUCUGAGUGCCCCCAAAGGGAAGGAGACUCUUUGCUUGCAGUACAGCAGCCCCCUCUAUCUCUCCCCUCAGAAGAGGGAAAGAAAUAGAAGGGAGGAGAGAAGAGGGAUAAUCAUAUGACCGUGGUAAUAAAUAACCCGAAGGAGAGCCAGUCCUGCUAGCUCAGAUGCUGCAAUGCUGCCAGCUCUGAAUGUGAGGAGAGAGAGUCUCUGAGAGAGCCGUCACAACCGACCCCCAUCUCUUGCGCAGCCCCAGGAGCCCCAGUUUCAGUCUUCUUCCUCGGAAUAUCCGAGCCCUGCAGCACAAGCUGCUUUCCUGUCUGGCCGAGAGCAGAGAAAAAAGAAGCAAGUUGUCCCGUAGCAGUGGCGGCGCCGUCGGCGGCGGCAGCGGCCAAGGCAGUCAGACGUCCAGCUUCUCACCGCCUUCCAGUCCUUCAGCCCCGCGUCCCCGCCCCUGCGCGCAGCGCUUCGUGUGCGCCUCCCUUCGCCUCAUCUUCUCCUGGUCCACUGGGUUAGCGCGGAGUCCACGGCUGGUGCUGCACGUUCCAGGUAGUCAGCAGGGGAAGAAGUCAAGUCAGCCGCUACGGUCGAGGAAAGAGUGGUUAUUUUUCUCCCGGAUCGCCCGAGCCACAGAAGAUUAAAAUGGCUACUCUGCUUCGGAAAAUCGGACUCAUCCGGCUGCACAAUCGGGACACUGAGGACCCCAAACAUCACCACAACCAUCUCCACAGCAGCAGCCAGCACGGCCGCGGCGGCGGCGGCGGCUCCUCUCUGAGGGGCAAAGGCAACCAGAAGAACCACAGUAACAAGCAGCAGCAGCAGCAGCAGCAGAAUGCUCCGGGAGGAGGGGGCGGCUGCAGCGGCGGCGGUAUCAAUGAAGGCAGCCCUGGGCACUCCAAGAACAAGCGAGCGCUGGAGCUGGCCAACAAGGACAAGCAGCAGCAGCAGCAGCAGUCCAGCUCCGGGAGCCACAAGGAGAAGCAGGCGAGCUCCAGGGAGAACCAGUCCACUAAGGAAUCCAAGCAGCCGGGCGGGGGUGGCGGCCGCAGCAGCGGAGGCGGGAAGGGUUCUUCGCAGGUGGCCCAGACCCCAGCAGCCAGCAGCCUGGCGCCAAUGGGGCGAGGGCAGCCCGGUACCCAGGUGAGGAGCCGGCGAUUGAUGAAGGAGCUGCAGGACAUCUCCCGGCUGAGCGACCGCUUCAUCUCAGUGGAGCUGGUAGACGAGAGUCUCUACGACUGGAAUGUGAAGCUGCACCAGGUGGAUAAGGACUCGGUGUUGUGGCAGGACAUGAAAGAAACCAACACCGAAUUCAUCCUGCUCAACCUCACCUUCCCCGACAACUUCCCCUUCUCACCGCCCUUCAUGAGAGUGCUCAGCCCCCGGCUGGAAAACGGCUAUGUGCUGGACGGGGGAGCCAUCUGCAUGGAGUUGCUCACCCCUCGGGGUUGGUCCAGCGCCUACACAGUCGAGGCUGUCAUGAGGCAGUUUGCUGCCAGCCUGGUGAAGGGCCAGGGCCGAAUCUGUAGAAAAGCUGGCAAAUCAAAAAAAUCCUUCAGUCGCAAGGAAGCGGAAGCAACGUUUAAGAGUUUGGUGAAGACUCACGAAAAGUAUGGUUGGGUCACCCCUCCGGUCUCUGAUGGCUGAUAUUUGAAACACUUGCAUUAGACGCUUACAAAACAAAACAAAACACACAAAUACUAUGACAUCUCCUCCUCAGUGCUGUACAUCCACUCAUCCUUUUCUACGUCAGCUUCUGUUAGUACUAUACCAUGAAUGUCAAAAAGACAUUUAAGUUAUUUAUGGACAGAUUGUUUACAGAAAGAGAAAGAGGGAGGGAGAGAGUUGGGUAGAAAAAAAUAUUGUUUUAGGAUUCUUUCAAAAAUAAAUGGUCAUCUUGAAGUCACUUUAGAGUGAAUGUUGAGAUACUAUCAUUUCCCUUCAUUCACCCUCCCCCCCCAUAUAGUCCACAUUGUUUUCACCUUCUUGCCAUGACAGCUGCACCAAAGAGCAGAUAUGGAAAAUCUGUCCAUUUCUGCUCAGUCCAUUUCAAUGUAAAUGAAGCUGUUCAUCUUUAAUAGGGAAGCAGUGCAUUGCAGAUACUUGUUUGCUGUGCUGUUUAUCUUUAUUUUAUUUUCUAGCAAAUCAACAUAACUUGAAGAUUUGUCUUUAUGUGGAGCUAUGAUCUGCUGUGACUAAAUUUAGACCUCAUUUGUGAUCUCUUUGACCUUUUGCCUCAUAAAAAAAAUUCUGACAUUGCCAGUUUUCAUGGGACAAGAUCAUCUCACUUGGUCAAAAUAUGCUCUUUAUGCUGAUUUUGUGGUAUUCUGUUGUUCACAAACAAACUGAGAAAAGACUGGUAAGAUUUCCAAUAAACAGGGCAACCCAUACUCUAGGAUGGGAUUCAAAGUAAUUAAUUGAUGGUAGAAUCAAAAUAGCUUUUUUUUUUCUUUUACUGGUGUAAUGCAGUAUUGCUAUGAUAGCACAUUUGUUUGUUUGCCUGUCAGCUUUCAACUGGCAAACCAUACACAAAAAAAGUAUGUCAAUUUAUGUUCACAAAUGUUAAUGACAUUUUAAAAUAUGUGCCAGUGGAUGUGAAAGUCAGAGCUUCAAAAAAGUAAAAUAAGUGAAUUGUAAGAUGAUUUGCAUGGCUGGAUUUUUUUUAACCAAAUAGUCAUUGUAUGUACUUUGAUCCCAAUAUGUGAGAGAACCCACUGCUGUAUAUAAAUGUCCUGUUAUUUAAUCUUUGGGGUUUCAUUUUUCUCUUCUGUUAAAUUACUUAGAACUUUCUUUAAAAAAAAUUCUAAGAAAGCAAGAAAUAAGUUUAUAUUGAUCUGUGAAAAAAAAAGGUUAAAAUGGUGAUUCCAAAUGGAAAAUAUUAUUGAACAAAUUUUAAAUAAAAUCACCCAUACCCUGUUAUACUGUUUCAAGAAUUCAAUCAUUUGGGGAUACUCUUCCACUUAAAAUGUUUACCCUAUUGGCAUUUUUGUUCCCAAUAUCAGAAAAACUGAUUGAUUAUAAAAAACAAUCCUGUCAAAAGCACUGCUAUAAUGACCCCAGCUUGUGCAUUUAUGCCAGUGCUUUUGAUCAAAUUCUCUAAACAAUUACCCGUUGUAUUUUUUCAUGGGUUGGAAGGUUGGGAGAAGGGAAUCCUUUUUAGUAAUUAUUUAUGAUGCUUCAGGCAUUUUUGGCUGCUGAGAAGCUCAUUUAUUUGGUCUAAGAAUUUUAAAGUUCAUAGAGACAGUGCUACAAAGAACAGAUGGUUAUGAGCUUCCCAGUGUGGCUUGGUGACUAACAAAUUCAGUCUUUGCUUUCAGGUAGUCACAUGUUUCCUAUUGCUGUUUUUGCUUUUUAAAAGCUCAAAUUUUUCUCAAAAAAAAAAAAAAUCCACCCUCUUCUUUCAUCAAGCCAAAAGUAAAUAUCUUGAGUGUUGUCCAAAGUCCUAACUAAUCUAUUUCCAAUAAGGAAAGAGGAAAUUUGCCCUGUUUAGUUUUCUGCUCAAAAAUGCUUGCUUCUCAUAAGAUCAUUAUGAAAGUAUAUUGUAAUGAACUUAAAGGAAAUCACAUUAGAUCCUCUGCAGUGGAAUUCUCUGUUCAAAAAGUACAAUUUAGGGGGUGACAUUUGAAUUGUUAGGUAAUAAAGACAAUUUCAUUGUAAUGGAAUUGCUUUAUAUUAGAUUUUUAUUUUAAAAAAUGUACAAGAUACAAAUAAGCUUGACAAUUAAUUUUUUAAAAUAUGAAUCUAUAGUUUUAUCAGUAUGAAGAGUUCCUAAAGAGUAAACUCCCUCUAUAAAUCCUGAUCAACAACUGUUUUGUAACCUAUAGUCUUAGAAAGUUGCCUGGAGUUCUAAAAAGUUAAGUGACUUAGCCGAGAUCAUACAGCCAAUAUGUAUGAGUCAGAACUUGAACCCAGAUCUUCUUGACUUAAGAGGUCUACAUUCUGUCCACUGUACCACACUACCUCUCUUACUUAGGAAUUAUCUCCUACAAAACAAUGAUAAACUUUUUUUGUUCUUUCCCCUUUGUUUCCCCAGUGUUGCAAAUUUUUAAGAUAAAAGGCAACCAUUUCUUCUGAAAGCUGUGACCUAAUGUAAAAUUACAAGGCUUUAUUCAAGAAAACAAACUUGAACAUAAUGAUUCCAUGAUACUUGUUAGUUACUUUGCUUUAAAUAAUAUUAUAAGCUCUUUUAAAUUGAUUGAGGUACAAAACUUUCAACUGAAUUUUGUACAAAUGAUGAAACAAUGAGGUGUAACCCCAAAGUUUGAUCCCUUGCUUAUCUAAUGAUUAUGUAUCUAAUGAAAGAAGAAAUAGGCUUGAUUUCUAACUUCUUCUUGAAUCUCUAUAUUUGUCUUCUAGAUAUUGUUUUCAUGAUGAAUUAUUUUUAUAGACUCCCAUUGCAUGGUUGCAUGAUCUUCCACAGAAAAGUAUGGGAAAAUGGUUUUCUGUUGAUAUUCAUGUUCAGAGAAUACACACUCUCCAUUAUGGAGUGGGCAAGAAGCAGGAGAAAUGGUGUAGUCCUUGGGAAGCAGCAUGGUACAAUGGAAAUAACACUGGAUUUAAAGUCAGAAGCCCUGGGUUCAACUUUAUGAGUGAAAGGACCCUAUAAUUGUAAUGAAAAUAUAGACCAAGUCUAUUAGGCAUUUUAAACCUGAAUCAUACUAAAGAACUUAUUUCUUGGAAUCACUUGAAAGGCAGUAUUCUUUAAAGUUUGAUGAGUUAUUCAAAAUGAGCAACCACUUGUUGAAAGUGAAUUAGAAAAGACAAGAAAUAUGAGAUGAUAUGUCCCAGUCAGUAUGUAAUAGAGUUAGACAGUUAGUGUUCUGAGUAGCUGAUCUUAAACAGAAAUUUAUAUUUUAGUUUUAUUUCCUCAAUGAAAUAGUAUAACAAUUUAGCUCAGUAAUUGGAUAGGAGAUAGCCCUUGAACUUUAUAAAUCAUCAUUUGGUUAAAAGGAAGAUGCUACUGAUUUUAUUCUGUAAUAGUUCACAGAUUAUCUAAGUUAGUAGAGACUGGAUAAUGGCAAUACUAAAGAAAGCAGCAAAUGGCAACUAAGUUCAGGACAAUUCUUUUAGCUGAUGUUCUAUAAAGCAAGAGCAAAGUCUGAAUAUAAAUGUUUUUGAAUAAGAAGUAAAACCCAAAAAAGAAAUAGAUUUUUUUUCUUUGCAGCUCAUAAUAUAAAAUAUAAUACAAAAAUCAUGAAUUGAACUGUUGGCGCUCAGAUACUCAAACUUUCAUUUGGGGUCAACAUAACAGCAUAUGCUUAAAGAGUAAACAGACAUUUCCCACAACUAAAUGGGUUUUUAAAUCUUACCUAACUUUGGACAUUGCAGUACAUUUUUUCAUUCCUUCAAUUAACAAACAAGUCAAUGGCAUAUUGUUCCAUUUAUACCUUAAGGAAGAAAUAAACUGAAAACUAAAACUAGUUUGUGAAAGCACAGGGACCAUCAUCUCAUUCUCAUUUCAAAUGUGAAUAAAAGUGGACUGAUCUAUAUUGAGUUUACAUGCAGAAAGAAAUCUAGUCCAAGAAUUCACAAGGUUUUUAGAGUAACUAUAUGUAAGUCACUCUGAGUUUAAUAGAAAAUUGCCUCCACUUUGAACAGUCCUUGAAGAGGUUAUAGUUUGUACACAUAGACAUGUAACUAAGAAAUAAAGUUUCCUACAUUGUCUUCUUCAGAAAAACAAUGUAAAAGGAAGUGAGCAGUUGUUUAAAGCUAUACUUGUGAUUUAAAGACUGACAAUACAAUGAUUGUGGCUUUUGUAAAUAAGUCACUAGCUACUUGUGUUAUGCUUUGAAAUUUACAGCAUGAGUACAAUAUUACUGUACUUUGAAUUUUAGUCAUGUUUCUAAGCAUUUGAGUAUGUAAUGUCAAUUUACAACUUAAAAUUGUGUUUUCUUCUGAGGCACUUAAUGUAUGAGUUCAAAUGUCUUAUUUUGUGGACACACCAACACUCUUCAUCUCUAAAUCUUGGGCAAAUCAUUAAUUAUACCAUUAACUAAGUUAAAAUAGAAAUGAUAAUAUAACUUGAAUGUGCUUGUCUUAUUUCUGCUUGCCUUGCCUUUUGAUGAUUUUACAAAUGUUAUACCAUAAUUACAGUAGUAGAAUGCUGAAAUACAUUAGUGGGGUUAUUGUGAAGAUUGGGAAUCUCAACUAUAAUUUCCAUUGGUACCUUUGGAGUAUACUGUUUUCCAAGUUAUUAAUCUCAAUCCUCAUUAGAGGAGAAAAAAGAAUAUGGAAUUAAAUAGGAAAUUUAGGGGGAAAAAAACAGUGGCAAGUAUACAGAAAGGAUGUGCACGUGUAAAUAUGAGUGUAUGUGUGAGAAAGACAGACAGACCAAGGGUCAGUUUCCUAACAUGAAAAAUAGUAAUUUGGGAAAGUAUUUAAGUUAUUAAAUAUCAAUCCAGUAAAUGACUUUAUGCUGAAUAUUUGUUACAUACUUGCAUGGUUUAAAUUCAGUUGUUUUUGCUUGUUUUCCUGACAUUCAUUAUCUUUUGUGGUCCAUUGUUGCUGUGUUUUUUGUCAUGUGAUAUUCUAUGAUCUUUUGUGCUUUAAUUUAUUUGUGGUUUGCCAAAUGGAGGCUUUGAAGCAUGUCACGGGUAUUCUCUAUAAAAAUCAAUGAAAUGUAACUGAACCAAAUCUAA